AUGUUCCACACUUCAAGAACACAACACAAUGCUCUAUACUUUCUCCAUGGCGUACCUCGAUCCUUCCGCCGCCACGUUGUUCCCACGCAAUUGACCUCCACACCUCUCCGUCACAACACAACUGUCGCGUUGGAAACCCGACGUGUUCCACGAUUCAAAUGGACGCGAAGGAUAUUCUGGGGACUGCUUUUUGGUGGUCUUGGAUACUUUUCAACAGAUUCUUCACUCAAGCGGUUCUUCCACCCUGCUGAGCCAGGUUCCAAAGAGGAUGCGGCCAAGUUGGGAUACCUCCGAAAAUGGGUCGAUCGUCUUCCAAGGGUCCAGGAGCUGAGAUUGAGGCCCAAUUACGAGGAAUGGGAUGCAUAUGAAGAUACUACAGACAAGGAGCGGAGACUCACCAGUGGUGCCUUGAAAGGCAGUCGAGCUCUAGCAGUCCAAAAAAUAUUUUGGAACAAAGCGGAAAAUGCAUGCAUCAAUGUAGUUCAAUUUGGAAAUAGUACCGAUGGCUGGCCGACAGUCGUUCAUGGUGGAGCUAUAGCAACUGUCCUGGACGAGCAACUCGGACGUGUCGCCAUACUAUCUGUACCUGCACACACGGGUGUUACCGCUCAUCUCGACAUUAAUUACCAUCGUCCCGUCUCUAGCGGGCAAUUCUAUACAAUCACAGCUACGCUAGACAAGGAGCGCUCUACGGACCGAAAAUCGUAUGUCACCGCCGUUGUAUUCGAUCAAGAAGAGAAUAUCUAUUGUACGGCGAGUGCUUUGUUCGUUGUGCCUAAGAAUAUCCCGCUUAAACCGUUGGAACGCUUCUGA